AUGGCUAGCUUUCCCAUUUUCGGGUCUUACGUUGUUUGGAGUCUAGUGACGGCACUAGCAUUCACCAGUUUCAAUUUGAAGGGGGCAGAGGCAGCACGAGCCUUCUUUGUGUUUGGAGAUUCACUUGUUGAUAACGGCAACAACAACUACCUAGUCACCACAGCUAGAGCAGAUGCUCCACCUUAUGGCAUUGAUUAUCCAACUCACACACCCACUGGACGUUUCUCCAAUGGCCUCAACAUACCUGAUUUUAUCAGUGAAGCACUUGGGUCCGAGCCCACCUUGCCAUAUUUAAGCCCUGAGCUUGACGGGGAAAAAUUGCUGGUUGGUGCCAACUUUGCUUCUGCCGGCAUUGGAGUCCUCGUUGACACUGGAAUCCAAUUUGUAAACAUUAUCAGAAUGCCAAGACAACUAGAAUACUUCCAACAAUACCAACAAAGGGUGAGUGCCCUUAUAGGAGAGGAGGAAACAAGGAAAUUAGUGAAUGGAGCACUAGUUCUUAUCACCUGUGGAGGUAACGAUUUUGUGAAUAACUACUUCUUGGUGCCUAACCCUGCUAGAUCCCGCCAAUUCGCUAUACCAGAUUAUGUCACCUAUGUCAUCUCUGAGUACAAGAAGAUUCUACAGAGGCUGUAUGAUCUUGGAGCACGUAGGGUUUUGGUGACAGGAACCGGACCGCUGGGUUGUGUUCCGGCGGAAUUAGCCAUGCGAGGCAGAAAUGGCGAAUGCUCAGAGGAGCUACAGAGUGCGUCUUCCUUGUACAAUCCACAACUUGUUGAGAUGAUCACGCAACUCAAUGACGAACUUGGUUCAGAUGUCUUCGUUGCAGCAAACACACAUCUCAUGCACGAUGAUUUCGUCACUAAUCCUCAAGCAUACGGAUUUGUUACCUCAAAAGUUGCGUGUUGCGGUCAAGGACCCUUUAAUGGUGUUGGAUUGUGCACGGUGGCGUCGAACUUAUGUCCAGAUCGUGACACACUUGCAUUUUGGGACCCAUUCCAUCCAUCGGAAAAGGCUAACAGGUUGAUCGUUCAGCAGAUUAUGACAGGAGCCUCCAACUACAUGAAACCUUUCAAUCUCUCAACCAUUUUGGCCUUGGACUCCAACAAAUACUAAUCACUAAUCAAUCAUACAUCUCCACUACAGAAUAAAUGAUAUUUUUUGUGUGACUUUUUGAGGAAUGUGAUUGUAUUUAAGGGAGGGUCAAUUCAUAUUAUUUCUAUCUUCAAUCUUAU